AUAUCCAUCUUCUCUCUGUAUGGUAGAAAGGAGAAAAAAAAACACAAAACAAUAGUAGAAAAAGAAUAAUUAAGAAAAGGAAAGAAAUCCCUUUUUAAAAAUCUCUUUUCCAGUUAUAUCUCUCAUCUUCAAAAGAAGCAAGACAAACAUCUCUUAAUUAGGUUGUUCCUCUUUGCUUCACCAUUUCUGCACAACAUCCACUAUCACCAACAUUUUGUAACAUCUAGUACAAGGAGGUAUCCAAGUCCUCUCUCUUCUCCCUUUUUAAUUAUUUUGUAAUUAACGAGCCAAGAAGUUAAAUCCAUCCACUCCAUCUUAGCUACAGAGUACUAAUUAAAAUUCUAAUUUCUGCUGCCCUAAAUCUUUCCAAAUCCAGAAACGAUAUCUCUCCAACCCUAGUUAUAUAUAUUUUUCUUUUAAAGCUAUGGAUCUGAUCUCUCAAAAUCAUAAUAAUAAGAACCCUAAUACAACUCUCUCGACACAACAUGCUUCUUCUCCACCUCCAUCUAGCCGCUACGAGAACCAGAAACGCCGUGAUUGGAACACUUUCUGCCAAUACCUUAGAAACCAUCGUCCACCGCUCUCUCCACCGUCUUGUAGCGGCGCACAUGUUCUCGAGUUUUUGCGUUACCUUGACCAGUUCGGGAAAACCAAAGUCCACCACCAAAACUGCGCCUUCUUUGGCCUCCCAAACCCUCCGGCUCCAUGUCCUUGUCCUCUCCGACAAGCGUGGGGCUCACUUGACGCUCUUAUCGGUCGUCUCCGUGCCGCCUACGAGGAGAACGGUGGAGCUCCCGAUACUAGCCCUUUUGGCUCACGUUCAGUCAGGAUUUUCCUCAGGGAGGUUAGAGAUUUUCAAGCUAAAUCACGUGGCGUUAGCUACGAGAAGAAGAGGAAAAGGGUCAACAACAAACAAAUAACUCAGUCGCCUUCGCAGCCGCCUCUACCGCCGCAGCCACUAGAGCAGCAACAGCAAGGCCAAUCUAUGAUGGCUAAUUACCACCACGGUGCAACUUGAGGAUAUCGUACAACUUCGAUACAUGUACGUACGUAUGCUCGUAUCUAUCUAUUUACAUGUAUCAACCUUUGUAUUUGCGAAAUGUUAUCCCUACUUUACUCCAUCCACCGUUGUCUACUGUUUCCUGAACUAUUGUUUAGUCCUUUUUUAUAACCAAUAAAUGGAACCAAGUUGGAUUGCAUUGUA